UUCUGCAGCCCGCCUGCCGCGCCCUCCGGAGCUGUCCAGCCCAGCCGUGCGCGCCGUCCCUCCGUCCGUCCGUCCCUAGCUCGCUCGCGGCUGCUCUCCUCCAUCCUCCCCUUCCAAUGCGCCUGGCGGAGAUGAUCAAGAAAAUGGGUCCCAGCGAGUCGGAGCUCAACAUCCCGGCCAAGAACUGCUACCGCAUGGUCAUCCUGGGCUCGUCCAAGGUGGGCAAGACGGCCAUCGUGUCGCGCUUCCUCACCGGCCGCUUCGACGACCAGUACACGCCCACCAUCGAGGACUUCCACCGCAAGUUCUACAGCAUCCGCGGCGAGGUCUACCAGUUGGACAUCUUGGAUACGUCGGGCAACCACCCCUUCCCGGCCAUGAGGCGCCUCUCCAUCCUCACAGGCGAUGUCUUUAUUCUUGUCUUCAGCCUGGACAAUCGCGACUCCUUUGAGGAAGUCCAGCGCCUAAAACAGCAGAUCUUGGAGACCAAGUCUUGCCUGAAGAACAAGACCAAGGAGAACAUCGAAGUCCCGCUGGUCAUCUGCGGGAACAAAGGCGACCGUGACUUCUACCGCGAGGUGGGGCCCAGGGAGAUUGAGCAGCUGGUGGGGCAGGACCCCAAGAAGUGUGCCUACUUUGAGAUCUCGGCCAAGAAGAACAGUAGCCUGGACCAGAUGUUCCAGGCGCUCUUCACCAUGGCCAAGCUGCCCAGUGAAAUGAGCCCUGACCUCCACCGGAAAGUGUCCGUCCAGUACUGUGACCUCUUGCACAAAAAGGCACUCAAGAGCAAGAAGCUCUUAAAGGAAGGCUCCGGGGACGGCGGCGGGGACGCCUAUGGGAUUGUGGCCCCUUUUGCCCGCCGGCCAAGCGUCCACAGUGACCUCAUGUACAUCCGGGAGAAGGCCAUCCGCGGUGGCCAGGCUAAGGACAAAGAGCGGUGUGUGAUCAGCUAAAGACGCCUGCACUGUUCUGAACAGCUUCCCAGCAAGGAUGGGAAGAGGCUGCUUACUUACCAAAACUCUGCCGGCCCGUGUGGUGGCGCACGCCUUCUGCCAAGGGUGGCAUCGUCCCGGGUCCACGGGGCACCGUGCUCCUGGCUCUUCAUGGGGACCUUUUUCCAUCUGCUCCCCUUGGUUUUUAUUUUUUGGCGAGGGGCCAGCGGAGGACUUUAGAGUGGUGAAGAGACAUUUAACUAAAACUCUGUGAAGGAGAGACGUGUUCAGUCUCUCUGCGUUGUAUUUUGUCUUAAAAGACUUGUGGGGUGUUGAUCAGGGUGGGGUGAAAGAGGAAACAGCCGCUAUUGAACUCUCAAGACCCUUUCCACGGCUGCCUGUAUGUGAUGCUUCUGCAACGGAGCACAUCGAGAAGGAGAAAAAUUGACAUAGCUGCGGCAGAAAAACUUGGCAAGACCCCUCUGCUCCCUGCGACUGUGGGAACUCAAGGGACUGCUAGGGAGGGGUUUGUUGUGGGGGGAAACGAUCCUGUUUACAUUCGUCCUUGUCUUGAUUUUUUUUUCAAAAGGAGAAACUUGCAUUCAAGCAAACAGGCACUUUAUAUAUAUAGAAUUCUUUGGUCUACGGACAUGAACAAAAUCUUAGCUGAGUGUUUCUACACUGUGUGACACUGGUUCAAUUUUUGUUUUGUUAUAUUUUUUCUAUAAAAUAAAACUUUUGAAAAUAA